UCCUUGUUGUCUAUAUAAACAAGUGACUUCUUACUGAGACGCCUCUGGCCAAACUGCUUGCAGUUUCAGCCCGGGGGAGAGAGCCACCCAAAUGGCUUCAAGGGGUUUCACUUUCAAGAGAAUUUUGCGCUGGUUCCCUCGUUCCUCUGCAUCGGGCGGUUUGCAGGAAGAAGACGAGGACAGCAGCGAGAGGAGCGGCUUGCUGAGGAGCCACCUGCAACAUCAGAUCGUGCCGGUCACGGAUUCCGGUGACACAUCCAAGGCUCUAGCUGUGCGUGUGGAGCCGAAGACCGUCGCUCUGAAGGUGUCCAUGCACUGCCAUGGCUGCGCGAGGAAGGUCGAGAAGCAGGUCUCCAAGAUGCAAGGAGUUGUGUCCUUCAAGGUGGAGCUGGAGAGCAAGAAGGUGACCGUCGUCGGAGACGUUAGCCCGGCGGAUGUCCUGGAGAGCAUAUGUAAGGUGAUGAAGCGUGCAGAGCUUUUGGUGGCUUGAUUGACUAGUAGCGAUCCAUCCGGUUCUUGGGUAGUACUUGUGGAUGUGCAAUACAUAUUGUUGGAUACAUGUUGUUCCGUAGCAGGAAAAAAAAAAUGGCGAUCCUCUGAUUGCAUUUGUAGCAAGAGAGGCAAAUCUUCGAUCUCAGCCUCGGGAUCGUCUGUUACUGUGGACGGCUCCGGUAUAACUCUAGCUACCGGAACUGGAAUUGUCUUGCUUUUCACGGUCGUUUGACUAGAAUAUUUGAAAAACCGAGAGAGAGAGAGAAGAAAAGUUCA